GGCUCUCCGAUUUAUCAUAGUCUUUCUGAGAGAGGUUCUGACUGGUGAGGAAGAUCUUGUGAAAUCCGCCAAAAAGGCAUAUGAGAAUUCUCUGAAAAGAUUUCAUGGGUGGAUGGUUCAGGGAGUUUUCUCAGUAAGUUACAUUGGCAAAAACAUGAUUUUUUGACAUUAUGGCCAUACAGAAGGUCACCUUUUUUUAGAUACCUAAAAAUAGUUUCAAUGGCAGCUUCCUCCACAAAUAAGGCAGAAAUGUUGCAUGCUAAAACAAGCUUUCAAAUUAUGUAAUACAGUUUACUAUGGAUGCCACAGUAUUUGAAAGAGAUUAGAUUUCCACAUGUUGUUUAAGGUUUGGAAUCAGGAUUUUGUGAUUGGGCUUUACGUCUUACCUUGGAGAUGAUGUUGAGGAUACGUGUUAAUAUUUUGUUUUAGCAGUGUCUCUUAAUCUUGAGGUGCUAGGUUCAAGACCUUCAUCUUUCAUCCUGCCUCAACGUUAUCCAUCACUGCUCUUGAACAUGUUUAUCCACGUGUAGAUCCCUGAUUCCUCACAACUUCCCAAAUUGAACACCAACAAGCUCAUAGAAAGUUGUGAAGAUCCUCAGUUGUGAAGUAUUCACUUGAAAACAUCAUUUUACUCCUUGUAUGGGACAACAACAACAAGAAGAAAGCUUCAAGCACAAACAGUGUUGAUGUUAAGCUGUAGGCACUCCCAUUGAAGAUCUUUCUAGAGCUAUCCUAGACUACCCCUGUGAGUUUGAUUGGGACUUGUAAACCAGAAUUUGUAGCCUAGCUUGGUGGCUUUUCACUCCCCAACCUCAUGGCAUUGCUCUAAGCACUGAUCACCACUUUUCUGAGUGUACACAACAAAGGCCUUUCUCUCUGUAAAUUUACAUUUUCCCUUGAAGAAAUGUUUGUGGUUAGACACUGUGCAUUCCAAAUUGAUGACGUAGGGCCAUGGAGCUCAGGAGAUCUUCUCUGAUUGGUUAGAACUGUGUGGAAAUGAUCAAAACAUGUUGUAACUAAUAGGAUGCAGUAAACGGCCCAUUCUCUGAACAGCUACGUUAGGGGUGUGAAAUUUCACAGGUCAAACCUCAGACAGCACCCUAGUUGGGUAGGGAUUGAACAGGAAGAGAUUGACGUCAACUCAGUAAGCUCACUGUGUCACACUAAUGUGGCUCCAAGCUUGAAAUUUAUGCAGAUUCUCAUCCAAAAUGACUCAAAUCUCUGUUUAGUCCAAAUCUUUAACACUGCAACUGGGAAGAAUUGGAAAUAGUUACAGUAUAUUUUUCUUGGAAUAAUUAAGUACAGUCUUUGAAGUGAUAAGUGUGCUGGAUCCAUGUCUCGUAUCACUAAGCCUUGUGUGUUUGCACUUAAGAGAGAUGUCACUUGGUUUGUAAUCUGUAUCAUAAAGUGCUUGUUUAUCUCACAUUCUUGACUUUUUGUUCUUGGUUGAUGUGCGUUGUGCAGUGCCUGUCUGUCCAAGCAAUAAUUGGAGUAUCCUCAAUUUAGCUCACAAAGAGGAGUGAUAAAAAAUUGAAAAUACUGUGAAGGGAUAAUGAUAUGCAGGUGUAUGAUGCUUUGUGAUGUCCCUGAUACUGUUCACCUGUUGAUAAAGUUUUAAAAAUUUAAUCGUUUAUUUCACUAACAUUUAUUUAACUGAAAGAAAAAAAGGAAUGAAAGUCUGUUUUGUCACUGUUUUGAAGUCCAAGUCAUGUUUUCAUGAGAUCUUGAUACAGUGUAGCAUUUGACUGUUAGAAUGACUGUCUAAUUUUAGAUGGUAGUAAAUCUGACACUUUAAAAGAUCAGACGUUUUCCUGCUUAGUUGAGCAACUUCCUAUCCUAUUUCCUAUUUAUAUAUUAAAUUAUAAGAGGACAAUGUAUCUUUUUUUUCUUUUCUACCUGUAGCUUGCCAUGAAGGCUGUGCCUUACCGUAAGGACUUCAUUGACAAACUUGGUCGUAAUAAAGUCGACGAAGAAACUGUGUUGAGGGAAAUGAAAGAGUUUGUUGAUCUCUUGGAGGCAAAUUUAGAAGUUGUGGAAGAAUUUUAUCAAAAAAAUAAUUUGGAAACCUCUCAGGUGCAAUAAUAAGUGCAGAAUGUAAGGUAAAUAUAGACUGGUUAAUUUGAAUUUGAACUACUCAGGGAUUUUGGAACAUGGCUGUGGGAUAGGAGGUAUGAACCAGUCGUUCAAAGGAGGUCUAAAGGCUUCAAUUUAAGAUAAUCAAUAGACAUCCAGUUUUCUUCAUAAGAAUGAAUGAGUUGUCAUGACGUAAUUAAAUUUUUUCUAGUUCUUUUCACCGCAAGCUUUCCUGACACUGAUGAUAAAUAUCGAUGUUUAAAUAAAACAUUUGGCUUUGUUGGAGAUCGAAGGCAGUUGUAUUGCUAAAAACAAACUGAACUUUGUGUGAAUAGGUGUCCCUAUUAUGUUAGAAUAGAACUUUUGAGAUUUCUGUUAGCCAACUGUUUAGUGCAAUGACUGUAUUUUUGUAUUUAAUUCAUAUUUCAACUUCUCUUUCUUUUUUAAAACUAGCCAGUGAUUAUCUAUUUUGGUGAAGGGGGACAUUCAGUUGGGACUUGGAUGUUAAUAAGGCAGUAUUUGAUAAGGAUGGUGUUGGGGCAAUGUUAUUUUUCAAAUAAUGAAAAUUAUUGUAAGAGCACUUAAAAUGUGCUCUUUGAAUUAAGAUAAACAAAAGAGUAUUUAUGUCUGAAUUGGUCAAAAUAAACAAUGUUAAUGGGACAGUUUUAAGCUUGAAUUGAAGUACAAGUCUUUGUUAACGAACCUUUGUAGCAAAACUGUGAUGUGUAUGUAAGGUUUAAAGUGUAAUCUUUGAUGUGAUGGAUCCUUUUCUUCAGUUUAGAAGAAGAAACAAAUUAAUCUUGACUAAAACGUUAUUCAAAAGUUGCACUAUACUGGUACUUCAUUUAACGAGGUACGAGUGAUGUGAAACAGGAGUUGUGAGCAAGGAAUCAGACACAUGUAAGAGAGAGAGAAUGUACUCUCUUCUCUGUAUUUUAGCUCUCUCUCAUUCACUUUGAUUGUCUUAUAUCAGAGUUGCUACACGCAAAGCUGAAUCAUGAUAUUCAGCCAAGGAAGAGUAUAAAUUGCAUAUAGAGAUAUUUAUGUUUUUCAUAUACCAGUGAAGGCAAUAUUUAAUGUAUUGACUCACUGUUCUGACGCCAAUAUCGCCAUGUAUUAACAUUUACAAUGUGUGACACAUUUUCAAUAAUGGGAAAAGCCAUGCAAAAACUGAUUCAAUUGACAACAUAUUUUAAAUAGUGAUGAUUGAACUAAAGAGAUUGCAGUUCAUAAGAAUGAAAUAGCAGGUCAUGGGUGCUGGAAGCAUAAAGGGUGGUUGGGGUUCUUGUUCCUUCCCUGAAAAGAUUUUGUUAUUGAGGUCUCUACAAGAUUCCAUUUCCAGCAGUUGAGAUUAUGAACAAAUGCAAGCAAUGCAUGAACUGAAUGCAGUCC